UGAGUCUCUAUCGAACAAGCCCAAUUAAACUGAAAUUUAUUGGAUAUUUAAGUGUGUUCAAUAUGUCCACCAUAAUGGAAAGAAAGGAAUAUAAAGUAUCAUUAGAUGAUCAAAUAAAUGGUAUGAAAGAAGCAAAAGAGAUUUGUAAUGCAACGAUUCAAAAACAUGGACCAACUGAAGAUCUACUAUGUCCACCUAUCUGGGAUCAUAUUAUGUGUUGGAGAUCUGCCAAACCCGGAACCACUGUUUCUGCACCAUGUCCUAGUUACAUAGACAGGUUCCUCAUCAAUGGUUUUGCCAAAAAGACCUGCACCAAUGAUGGUACAUGGUACCAGAAUCCACAUACCAACAGAAGUUGGACUAACUUCACUAACUGUAUACAAAGUGAAGCCAGUCAAAACUUACUAAAAAAAAACCUAAAUUAUAUACAGACUAUCUCGAUGGCAGGUUAUGCGCUUUCAAUUAUAUCCCUAAUCAUUGCAGUAAUUAUGCUGCUUAGACACAGAUACAGUAUAGGUUCUAAAAGACCAAGAUCAAAGAUAACAUCUCUACAUUUAAAUUUGUUCAUUGCGUAUUGCCUGAGAUCCAUCGCUUCACUUUUGAUGGAACAUAUAUUUUCUAUCAGCGCUAAACAUCAGGCAGGGGAGAUCACUGAAACACAGAUCCAAAACUCGGUCAGUAAUAUUAAGGACAUUAUAAUCAUGUACUAUGUGUUUUUGUAUGACAUGCGUCAUGCAUGUAACAUAAGGUUUUUAGACAUAACAACGGGAAGGUUUGUCAAAACAAACUGACAUAGAAGAAAUGUGUUGUCAUGGCAAAAUUCGCUUUUCAUAAAUAAUAAAUAAUUCGCGUUGGGAUGUGUUAUGUAUAUGUUUCUGUAAAACUACACAAUAGCCUGUUCAUCAUAUACCCCCAACAAUUUAUCUGACUCAAUCCAAAGUCAUUUUUCACGGAAAAUGGGCAUUUAUAUUUAUGGUAGCUGGUAUGGUAUAACGUGAAUCUUUACUAUAAAUAGUAUAUUUAUAAUUUGAUAAUUAAUAUAUUAUUAUAUUUUUCAUUUCUUGAUCAUUUACAUGGACUCUGUAGUACUUUUCUGAGAUUUUUAUCUCUCAAAUUCUAUCCAAAAGAAAGCAAAUAUUUACUUUGAUUUACAGUGGCAAAAAUGGCAAUUAAAAAAGAAUUAUAAUGAAAACGUAAUUACCUUACAUGUAAGUAUAGUACUUGAUUUUUAAUUUUUUAAAUUUGUCUUAAUUUUAGGACUAUAAUUUUAUACAUACAUGUAUGUUGUAUUUUCUGAGUUAGAACAUUCUCAUCAUGUAACGUAUUUAUUGCUUAAUAUGAUGCCAUUAUUGUUAAUGGGGACACCAGUGUCCCAGUAAGCAACACAUUAAAAAUCGUGUAAUUGUCAAGAUAUCUGCAAAAUUGAGAAGACUGAAAAUGGGGAAUGAAAUAUAUGGAGGUAAUGAACAGUAUUCAAACAACAAUCAAACAAAUACACAUUUUGGAGCGGAGCUGAGCAAACACAGGCCUCUAAGAUAUCAGAGGUGGGAUCAAGUGCCAUGGAAGAGGGAGCUUCCCCUGCAAACCAGUUUCAUCCACCUCUUUGAAUCAGGAAAGAAAGGGAAAAUCUGUGGACAAUUCCGUAAUUAAAGACUGAUAAAAGUAAGAGUUCUGGUAAAAUAGACGAAUUCCGACUUGGACAAAAUUAUAAACCA